GUGUACAAACUUGAAUUAUUGCUUAUCAAUUUGCCAUGUGUAGGUGUGAGAACGUCUAUAAAAACAUUUAAACUAACCGGAUUCAAUUCAGUUUGCAAACGUUAGCUGACCGAGAAGUAUUCAACGGUUUCUCUAAGAUGUCAUACAAGGUUGAGGCUGUUCCCGAUUCCUACGCCGCCCUGGGCGAGGGACCCCACUGGGAUGUUGAUCGCCAGAGUCUGUACUACGUGGACCUCGAAUCCGCCGGCAUUAAUCGCUACGAUUUCAAGCAGAACAAAGUGUACAAGGCGAAAAUCGAGGGCGAGAAAUUUGCCUCCUUCAUUCUGCCGGUUGAGAACAAACCGCAGGAGUUUGCCGUAGGAUGCGGUCUUCGCACGGUCAUCGUCCAGUGGGAUGGAGUCUCCGCAGUGGCCAAGGUCACUCGCACCCUUUUCGAGGUGCAGCCGGGCCAGACGGAAAACCGCAUUAAUGAUGCCAAAACCGAUCCCAAUGGGCGUUUUUACGGUGGCACCAUGGCCGACACUGGAGACAUCUUCACCCAAUGGAAGGGUGAGCUCUACAGCUGGCAGGCCGGUGGACAGCCCAAGGCCAUUCGUGGCAAGGUGGGCAUCUCCAAUGGCCUCGCCUGGGAUGCCAAGGCCAAGAAGUUCUACUUCAUUGACACCAACAACCACGAGGUGUUGGCCUAUGACUAUAAUCAGACCACCGGCGCCGUGAGCAACCCAAAGGUCAUCUUCGAUCUGAGGAAAAUCCGUCCCGAAGGACCAUUGUUCCCUGACGGCAUGACCGUAGAUACCGAGGGCAAUAUCUACGUGGCCACCUUCAAUGGCGGCACCGUCUUCAAGGUCAAUCCAAGCACCGGUAAAAUCCUGCUGGAAAUCAAAAUUCCAACCACCCAAAUCACCUCGGUGGCUUUUGGAGGUCCCAACUUGGAUAUUUUGUAUGUGACAACCGCCAACAAGUUCGACCAGCCGAAACCAGCUGGCACCACCUUCCAGGUCACUGGGCUCAAUGCCAAGGGUUUCGCCGGCGUUAGUUUGAAGAUCUAGUUUGUAGACUACUUGUAUAAUAGCAUUUAAUUAAAUAAUCAAACGUUUGCUUGUAUACUGAACUAA